AUGCGGGGAUCUGAGGCAUCGGGUCCCGGUGCUCUCUACGGCCUUCCCUCGACCCUCACCACCUCCGUGAUAAGCACCCCGACCGCAUCAUCUACAAAUCCUCUGCUGCAGGCUACGACAGACCCUGAUAAAAUUGCAUCGAGUAUCCGAAAUGUUGUGUUGGAGGUGUCCGCCGAUAUUGAAAACAACAACCUUGUCAACGCCAGUGGCAACUCGUCCGGUUCCACCGGAAAAGGGAUUUUAAUCGGCGUUCUCUCAGCCUUUGGCUCUGCAGCCGUCGCAGUUAUCGUUUUAGCUAUCUUUUUCUUCUUUAAAUACACUCAACGCGGCAGAAUUAUCCUCGACCGGAUCGGGCGACCGGGUGAAUAUGACGACGAACAGGCGUUUGCGCGCGAGGAGGCGGAUGCGUUGGAGGUCAUGGAUGACCUAUCGCGGUCGGAGUACAUGAGGGCAAAAGCAUUUGUUGAAGCGAAUCCCCCCGAGUCAAUGCAAACCGAUAUUUCGCUAUCCCAAUUCCUUGCGAUACAAGAAAAGGGUGUCUCAGCUUGGGAAUUCCAACCCGAGCUGGAAAUCGCAAAUUGUUUCGUUGAAGCCCGGACGGAAAUUGAGUUUUUUGAUUCGGAAUGCAGCGUCCAAACGAACUUGCCUGUCCCCAAACAGAAUGACGUCUACUAUUGGGAGGCCAAGGUCUUCGACAAACCCGAAACCACUCUUGUCAGCAUUGGCAUGACUACCAAACCCUAUCCACUCUUCAGAUUGCCAGGUCUUCACAAAGCAUCAGUUGCAUACCAAUCCACCGGUCAUCGGAGACAUAACCAACCCUUUGCGCCCUCGCCAUAUGGCCCGCCGUUGACCCAAGGCGAUGUGAUUGGAGUGGGCUAUCGCCCCCGUUCCGGUACCAUCUUCUUUACGCGUAACGGCAAGAAAUUGGAGGACGUGGUUCAUGGCCAAAAGGCACAAAACUUCUUCCCAACUAUUGGUGCCAACGGGCCAUGCACGAUGCAUGUGAAUUUCGGCCAGAUGGGAUUCGUGUUCAUCGAAGCCAACGUUAAGAAAUGGGGUCUGGCUCCAAUGACGGGUAGUUUGGCCCCACCGCCCCCAUACGGCAGCGAACAAGGCAGUAUCUUACUGGAAUCUGGUCGAGAGAGUGCUGCCCAAAUUUCACACCGAGUGUAUCAAGCUGCUAGCCAAGCGCGGACGAGCACAACAGUUAGGAUUCCACCGUCUCAUAGCCCAGGACCAGUCCGGUCACCUACGGACAUUUCACUCGCUCAACUUGCCCAUAUUCCAUCACAUGAAGACGUUGGAGAAGGAUCGAGCCGGGAAAACAUUGGAGAUAAUGAGCAAGAUUCCUUGAUGUUGAAUACACAAGACAUAAACCAAUGCCCGCCUCCGGAGUACUCGAGCCCUGGAGGAAGUCGACGAGGCAGCGAUGCUUCAUCGGAUUCUUCGCCUCGAGGUCACCCACCAAUUCCUAGCUACGAUGCUGCUAUUUCACAAAACGACGAGCAUCGUUAA